GUCAAGCUAGGGAUGCAGUCCAUUCCCAUUGCCACUGCCUGCACCAUUUACCAUAAGUUCUUUUGUGAGACCAACCUGGACGCCUAUGACCCUUACCUGGUUGCCAUGUCUUCUAUUUAUUUGGCUGGCAAAGUGGAGGAGCAGCACCUGCGUACUCGUGACAUCAUCAAUGUGUCCAACAGGUACUUUAACCCAGGUAGCGAGCCCUUGGAGCUGGACUCCCGCUUCUGGGAGCUCCGAGACAGCAUUGUGCAGUGUGAGCUCCUCAUGCUAAGGGUCCUGCGCUUCCAGGUCUCCUUCCAGCACCCACACAAGUACCUGCUUCACUACCUGAUUUCCCUGAAGAACUGGCUGAACCGCUACAGGUGGCAGCGGACCCCCAUCGCCAUCACAGCCUGGGCCCUGCUGCGGGACAGCUACCAUGGGGGGCUGUGCCUCCGCUUCCAGGCUCAGCACAUAGCCGUGGCGGUGCUCUACCUGGCCCUGCAGGUCUACGGAGUUGAGGUGCCCGCUGAGGCCGAGGCCGGGAAGCCCUGGUGGCAGACCCACUGAAUCUGAAGUGCAGUUUGUAGAGAGCGUGUUAAGAUCUGCCCGGUGGAAGAGCUGCCCUCUUCGCUGGCCUGCUUGCCCUCUGUGGCAGACCACAGCCUUUCCUGGUUUCUCUUGAUAAUUGUCUGGCCGAUCCUGCACCCCACCAGACUGUGUUUAGUGACGACCUUACCAAGCCAAUCAUUGGUAAUAUUGUGUCUGAUCUCAUUCAGAUUUAUACCAUAGACACAGAGAUCCC